AUGCUCCAACCACGACCACUGCACAUCAUCACCGAGGAAGACGAAACCCGCUCCCGCUCGCCUUCACCCAUGGCCGGCUACCUCUCCAGCUCCAGCGUCAGCAGCGGCCUCAAGGCCCGGAGAAGACACCACAACCUCUCCGCCAGCGACAUCCAAAUCGCCCGGGACUUUGUCGGAAUCGGGGACGAGGAAAGCCAGCAGGAGACCGAGGACCGACUGAUGCUCGUUCCCCCAUCGUCCGCUCGCCUCCCAAAAACACCCUCACCGAUGUCUUCCCCCGAUUCGUUCAGACUUACAUUCACUGAAGGAUCCUACGACUUCCCUCACCCGCCCAUCCCGACUCCAUCUUCCCGAAAAAUCUCUUCCUUCUGCAGUUCGCCGACUUCUUCCUCUUCUUCGGGGUCGAGCCCCUCUUCCGGGAGCGCCGGUCUCCCCUUGACGCCUUCUUCCUCCGACUCUGACGAAGACUUUUUCCAACUUCCUUCUCCCCGCUUCAACCCUCGACGGGCCGCCAUCCAACCUUUGGUUAUUCACAAGCACUUUUCUCCUUCUCUGCCGAUCCUUGAAGUGACUGGCGCCGACGACGAACUCGAGCCUUCCGGGAAGCCCACCCCCUUGUACGAUACUUUCUCCCUCUCAGCCUACACCUCUCCCUCCUCCAACGGCUCCUUCUACGAAUCCGACAACGAAUCCGAUUCCGAGUGGUAUGGUAAGGAACUGUCCAAGGUCGUGACAGUCUCCGCACCAGUAGAAGGAACCCUCCAAAAUUCGCGGCCCGACUCGCUCUUCCUCCCCGCAGGCCAUGUUACCUCCCGGGCUUCCAAGCGGGAAUCGAGCGUCUUCCCCGCGCCUGCUCCCAAGCGCGCUAGUACCCGCCGCCCGUACAUCCCCAACUACCCGCCCCCACCUCCGCCCGUUGCCCCGCGCCCUCGCCGCUCUUCGAAUAUCCCUACGAGCCCCAUCAGCCCGCUUGACAGCCACAUGUCCUUCGGCCAGUUCAUGUCCCCCUCGCCCUCCCCCACGCGUCCUCCCCCUCGCACCAGCCUCCCCGCCGACUUCUCCUUCGAGAACGACGAGGACGCCGAGUCCGAGUUCUCCUUCGCCAUCUACCAAGUCCAGCUCGACGAAGAAGAGGAGCGGUACCCCCGUGUCGCGAGCCCCUCGACGGCCAGCGCCUACUCCCAGCCUUCGUACUGCUACCCCCACUCCGAGUACUCGACGAGCGAGGACUACGGUUCCCCACUGGACCAAGCCGAGUUCGAUUUGGACGCCGAGUACCCUAUGAUGCUGCCCCUCUCCCUCCCGGGUUCGCCUAUUGAUUUCGAAGCGGAUGUCGCGCGGGAGUUGAGGAUGCGGGGUAUGAUGGUUUCGCCUCCGCCUUUGCCUGUGGUGCUCGAGGAGCCGCAGGAGGGGUUGGCGCGAUCUGAGACUGCUUCUGUGUACUCGGCAUAUGAGCGUCCGCGUACCCCACCCCGCAUCAGCACCCCCGCCUCGAACUCGGAUUGGAGCUUCUCCACCCACUCGCCUGUCCCCUCCCGCUCGAGCUCGUACGGCCAUCUUCCCCAGGAACCCGUUCUCAAGUCCAAAUGGAGCUCCUCGACGCUCGCGUCGGUGCGUGAAGAGCACGAACGCCGUACCUCAAGGUUCAAGCUCAACUUUGGUGUAACCUCUCCUACGAAGAAACGUUCCUCGCCUUCUCCCAGCGGAAGCCGACACGCCAAGAAGAGUUCGAUUGGUGGGACCCCUCUCUCCCCAAUGUCCUUCAUCGGUGCGUCGGGCAAGAAGAAGUCGCCGCAGAGGGUGAUGUCGGCUGGGAGGAGGGAGCUUGAUGCGUACCCCCCGAUCUCGAUGGUUAGUGGUGUCAAGAGGAGGACGAGUGUGUCGACGAUUAGUGAUGCGGGGAGUGAGGAGACGUCGAGUAGUUCGGCGAGUAAUGGUUUGAGGAGGAAGCCUAUUCCUGUUGAGUUGUUCUUGCGCCGCUAG